UCCCUCUCCCCGCAAAAGGCCACCGCGACGCGACCGCGUACGGAGGGCGAGCCGCGAGUGCAGGCACGCAGAGAGAAGAGAGGGAGGAGUCGCCAGGAAGGAACCGGAGCGCGAGGGAGGAGCGGAGCAGCGAGCGAGCAGCACUGCAGCAGCAGCAGCAGCGCAGGCUCGGCUCCGUGAGGGUCGCUCGCCUGCAGUAGCUUCGAUCGAGCGUCCCGGUCGGCGAGGCAGGCGCCCGAUCGCCCGCGCUCCGGGAGCUUCCGCCGGGGCCCGUGCCGUCGGAUGGAGCCGUACGCGGCGGCGAAGGGCGGUGGGGCCGACGCCGGCACCGGCCUGGAAGAGUCGAUGCGGAGGCUGGGGCUCGGCGACGACGGGGAACCGGGGGAGGAGAAGCUUCCGGAGCGGCCGGGCGAGGCGGACUGCGCCUACUACCUCCGCACGGGCGCCUGCGGCUACGGGGAGCGCUGCCGCUACAACCACCCCCGCGAUCGGCCGCCUCCGGUUAAUGGAGUUGGAAAGACCGCAGGUAUGGUGGAGUACCCAGAGCGUCCUGGACAGCCACUCUGUGAGUACUAUGCAAAGAAUGGCACCUGUAAAUUUGGUUCCAAUUGCAAGUUUGAUCAUCCCAGGGAAGGUGGUUUUGUACCUGUCACAUUAAACAGCAGUGGAUUCCCUCUACGUCUGGGUGAAAAGGAAUGUUCCUAUUACAUGAAAACUGGACAUUGCAAGUUUGGAUCUACAUGUAAAUUCCAUCACCCAGAAGUUGGUUUUCUUUCGGAGACACCUGGCAUGUACCCACCAGUUCAACCAUCACCUAUUUCCUCCUCACAUCCAUAUCCGCAUCUUGCCAAUUGGCAAAUGGGGAGGCCUCCUGUUGUGCCAGGGUCAUUUUUACCAGGCUCGUAUCCACCAAUGAUGCUUCCACCUACAGUUAUGCCAAUGCAGGGAUGGAACCCUUAUGUUUCACCUAUGAACCAAGUUACACCAGCUGGGGGACAGCAAGCUGUUCCAGCAGGGGCAUCUUAUGGUUUGUCACACCAGGGCCCUACCUCUGCCAUGACUUAUGGCAGUCAUUAUGCACAAUUGUAUUCUUCAUCUGGGACUUCAAGCAGCAACAUACAAGAAUAUGCCUUUCCAGAGCGGCCUGGGCAGCCUGAAUGUGAACAUUACAUGAAGACCGGAACCUGUAAAUAUGGAGCAGUUUGCAAAUAUCAUCAUCCUCAAUACUUCAGUGGACCAAAGUCUAACUACAUGCUGAGCCCUCUGGGUCUUCCCCUGCGUCCUGGUUCUCAGCCAUGUGCUUACUAUGCACACCAUGGGUUUUGCAAGUUUGGGCCGACAUGCAAGUUUGAUCAUCCGAUGGGUACUCCAAACUAUAGUAUUUCAGCAUCAUCACUUGCCGAUGUGCCAGUCGCUCCAUAUCCUCACAGUUUCCCUGUUACUCCUAUGCCUCCAUAUCUGCCAUCUUCUGAUCUGCGUCCACAAUACACUCUAGUCAAGGAUUCCUCUGCUAAUCCACCUCCAGCGCCUGGAACUACAUAUGGACCUGUUGGGUCUAUGUCAAAGGUUUAUGCUCCCCACACGCUUAUCCGAUCCCCAGCUUCUGCAGCUGCUGGCAUGCAAGCGUCGUAAUGAGACAGUUGAGAGCUUUAGUCCCCUUUCUGUCAUGAAAGAUAGAUCUUGGGCAACCUUCUCAGGAUUUUCUGCCAUAGGUGGAAUGAGGUCUCGGAUUCUUUUUUGCUCCAGUUCGACUUCCCAUCAAUCAAUUGUGAAUAAAGGCUGCAGCUGACAUAGAAAAGUCUGAAUAAAUGCAAAGAUAGGAAUUGGCAAGCUCAUUCACUUGCCAUUUUUCUGUCCGUCUCUGAAAUGAGAGGAGAUAUAAUUCUGAUUCUAGUAGGGUUCAGAGCUCCAUUAUUAUCACGUCUAAGAUGCAGAGGUGCAGGGGAUUCGUAUGGGAAAGCUGAUGGGUUCGUAGCUCUAGCCCAAAUCUUUUGUUUAUCUCAUCAAUCAUCUUAUAUAUGUUAUAUAUAAUAUGUAUAUCCCUUGGAACAGCAACUACGACCUCCGCAACAUGUAUGUAUCUCUAUAUAUAUAAACUGGGAACACGGCACGUUGUAACGAGACGAUUGGAACCCUUAACUGAAUCAAUCUGAAACCAUUCCCUGGUCAUCCCCUGAUCUUUUGAUACUUU